AUGUACCCUAAAGAGAACGUCGAGGACGUGUGGGGUAUUAUCGCCGACGCGAUAUCCUACAACGGAGCGAGUCUCGUAGCCGUCAGUAGCAGUGACGAGGAGGCGCUUGAGCUUCUUCCACGGGGUCGUAAACGCCUCGUGGAGGAACCAGCUUACCCGAGUCAGGCGACUUCGCGUCGUAAUAAUGCUCAGUCAUCGGAAGCCGACUUAUGGGAUUCCGAUAGCAUCUGCAGCGUGGAAACGCUUGUGAACGAGCCUGUCGUCGUCGCUGCUGAACCCAUAGAAAACAUCGAAAAUGAUGCCGGCGCUAGUGAAACGCUAGCCGCCGCCGCUACCGGUGCGGACGACGCCGACGGCGACGACGGUAACGGCAACGAGGAGGAUGUCGACGACGACGACACCGACGAGGAUGACGACGACGACGACACCGACACCGACGACGACGACACCGACGACGACGACACCGACGACGACGACACCGACGACGACGACACCGACGAUGGCGAUAGCGUCGCCGAAGACGGUGGAGAUAGAUCCGACAGCGACGACGACGAUGACGGCGAUGAUGGCAACGUCGUUGUCAUCGUCAAUGACGGCGGCAACGACGUCAAUGUCGACGAAGACGGCAUCGAGGAGAGUAAUGUGGGAGAGGAACGCGACGACGACGACGACAAUGCCGGGGGCAAUGGAGAAAAUAUUCGCCGCUAUCGAGAGUCACUUUCUUUAGCAUUAGCAGAACCGAGUUACUCGCCGGUUAACUUCCAUUCCAACGAAGGGGAAAUUCGUAUACCAUACAUUCUCGAGGAGGAAAGAGAAGCGGAAUGGGAAAGAAUAUUGUGGGAGGGUAACGCGGAAAUCCCCCCGGAAUUACGAAUUUUUCCCGAUUCCCCCGUAUGGGGUUCUAGUCAGGAAUUAUCGUAUUUCAAUUUAACGCCGGAAGAGUAAAUUCGAACGAGGCACACGCGGACGCGUUCUCUCCUCCUCCGAAACGGAACCGGCGAGAGAGGAGCUUAUGGAGGAGGAGGAAGAAGAAGAAGUUCCUCACGAGCGCGGUAAUGUUAAGUUUAAUUAUAUUGAAAUACGAGAGGAAAACGCGCGGCG